AUGGGACGUGGAAAACGUGUCGUUUCUCAAAAUCGAAAUACUCGACAAGAACCAAUGAUACCUAUAUUUUACCGAAAACCAGCCGAUCAACCUUAUCCAUAUUUUUCAACAAUUCGGUUUGCUGUUUAUCUUGAACGAAAUAAAGAUAAAAAGGCAAUUCACAGUAUUAAAUUGGCAUUCAAAUAUUUUAUCGAAUUUUUUCGCGACAAUAAAAUUGAUAUAUGUUUUGGAUCAAUCAAACAUGAAACAAGUGAUAAUCAUGAGCUUUCCUCUGUGUCAUUCGAUAAUCUAUAUCACAAUUACAGUUACCAAAUGAUGUUAAGUGCCGGUUAUCGAUUUCAAAUGGGAAUGACAGACAAAUUUCAUCAAGAAUUACUUAAAUUGGCCGAGACCAAGACAGAGACAGAUGAAUUUUAUCGUAUCUGUGUUUAUCUUUGCCGAUAUUCAUCAAUAAAUCAUUAUUUUGAUCCAACAGAAGAACUGAGACAUGCCAUAAGUGGAUAUAAAAGAAAAGCUGAAACACCAACAGCUGGAUAUAGUCUCAUCAGUAAUUUACGAGAACCACCGGAAAAACAUGCAUUUGUACCAAACGUUACUGUUACACCUACCACUAUUCAAGUCAAACAUUUAAAAUUAUGCAAAACAAAUCGUAUUAUUCGUCAAAAUGAACAAUUUGGAAGUGUAAUGAAUUUUGCUCUAAUAGAAUUUAAAGACGAAAAUGGAGGAGAUUUACAGACAUACGAUUUUAAAGGUUUACGUCAUACAUUAGACAAAUAUUUGGAUAAAAAUGGUGGACUUCAAAUUGGUAAAAAUCGAUGGUAUCGAUAUCUUCAUCAUUCUCAGUCACAAUUACGUUCUAAACAAUUUUGGUUUUAUCAUGAAGAAUAUCCAGAUUUCACAUUAGAAAAUGUGUAUAAAUGGAUGGGCAAUUUUGAUAAUGAAAAAGUUGUUGCAAAACAUUCAGCAAGAAUUGCACAAUGUUUUACAAGUACAGAAGAUACAAUAAGGAUUCCAUCUAAACUUGUUCAAUAUGUAAAAGAUAUUAAAACUGCUAAUGGAAGAUAUACAUUCACUGAUGGAUGUGGCAUAAUAUCACAGAAGUUAUCUAGAGAGGUUCAAACGAAACUUCACCGAAAGGCAAAUAUUAGUGUUAUGCAGAUUCGUUAUGGUGGAUGUAAGGGAACACUAUCAGUAAGGCCAGAAUUGGAUAAUGAAAAGUAUCAACUUAUAAUUCGAGAAAGUAUGAAAAAGUUUGAAACUGCCUAUGACAUGUUAGAAAUUUGCAAACUAUCUGCUCCACGUGCACUCUGUUUGAAUCGUCAAGUCAUUGUUCUACUAUCUAAUCGGCAUAUUUGUGACUCAAAUUUUCUCAUAUUACAAAAUAAAACUCUUUUGUGGCUCGUACAAUCCUUGUUGAAUAAUCAAAAGGCGUUUCAGUUGUUGAUUGAUAAAGUAUUAGACGUGUUUCCAUUACAAGAGCUAUCUCAAAAUGUCGAUUUAGUCAAUGAAGUUUUCUUUCGUGAUUUGGUUAUUGGAUGCUGUUUGAAUAAUGUUUUGGACUUGUUAAAACGAACAAAAAUUAAAGUUUCAAAAUCAAAAGCGAGAAAUAUGUUUGGAACGGUAGAUGAAUAUGGUGUUCUAAAAGACGGUCAGGUGUUCAUUCAGCCUACACCUUUACCUAAUAUUAAUGAUAAACGCAUAUCUCCUGUUUCUGCAAAACCAUUCGUUGGUCGUGUAGCAAUAACAAAAAAUCCAUGUCAUCAUCCAGGAGAUAUACGAACAUUUGAAGCUGUCGAUCACCCAAAAUUACAACAUUUAAAGGAUGUAGUUGUCUUUCCAUGCCAGGGACAUCGUCCUCAUCCCCAUGAAAUAAGUGGAUCCGAUUUAGAUGGUGAUGAAUAUGCAGUUAUAUGGCAUGAAGAUCUUGUUCCCACUACACCGAAUGCUGAUCCAUAUGACUAUGAUUUACAGAAAGAACCCGAGAAACAGAAUAGACCAAUUACACGAAAUGAUAUUAGCAAUUCCGUUUUGACUAUUGCUGAACAAGAUUGUAUUGGACGAUUGUCAAACUUACAUUUGGCAUUUGUUGAUAAGCAGGGUGUAGAUGAUUCAUUUUGCAAACAAUUAGCUGGUUUCAUCAGUCAAGAAGUUGACUCUCCGAAAACUGGUAAACAUCCGUUGACCGACGCUGAAAUUAAUGAGAUUUCCAACAAAUUGAACAAUGAACGUCCGGAUUUUAUGGAAAAUCGAAACAUGAGAUCAUACCUAUCACCAUAUAUCUUGGGUAAAUUGUACCGCUCAUCAUGCCGAUCGAUACCUGGCUGGAAUAAACUACUUCAUUAUCAUAAGCACUUGAAACAUUUGCAUAUUGAAAGUAAUGAUACUGUAGAAGAAGAUGAUGAAGGAAAUACCACUUCUUCACAAUCGUCUGACCAUGUAGUAUCCGAAAUUGAAAUUGAUCAAUCAUUACUUCAUAAAGACUUUGCCGAACAUUUACUAGAAGCAGGAAAACUUUUUUAUCUCUACAAACAAGAAUUAUUAGAAAUUCUUGCAUUAUACAAAUUGCAACAUGAAACAGAUUUAUUUUGCCGUUCGUCACCAAAUCAAACAAUGAAGAAACAAAAUGAUGUUGACGACUCCGCCCAAGUUGAAUUUGCUCACCUUCUUGAACGAAUGAGACAGCAUACAUAUCUCUAUCUCAUUGGACUAUGUGAAAAAGUAGAUUUCAAGUGUUCAGUUGAGAAACCCUGUGAUGAUUGUGACGAUCGUCUUCGAGCAUUAGCAGCUGCUUGUUAUUUCUGUUGUUACGAACAUGCGAUGAAAGCUCCUAACAAACGACAACAAAUUCUUAGUUUUCCGUGGAUUUUUUCAUCAUAUUUGAUCAGAAAUAAACGAACAAAUAUGAAUGCUCAUUUUGUACAUCCACCGAAUUAUCGAAUUAUUGGCGAAGCAAUGCACAAUGCAUUCCAUAUGCUGAUUGAGAAGGAGGAAUUGAAACUGAAAGUCGAUGGUAGUUUGGGAGGUAUGACAUUGUAUUUACAUCGGAACAAAGACGCAGUGACUCGUUCGACAAGACUUACAGAAGAGCUCAGAUAUACUCUGGAUUGGACAGCCAUAGUUUUUAUUGAAAUAAUUCAUCAUUCUAUACAUCGAAGAAAUAUACUCACAACAGACAAAAUUGACCAGAAAAAGAAUGACAUUGCGACAAAGCCAAAAAUUCCUUUCGAGUGCUGGAAUGGUAUUCUGUUGCGAUUUAUUCAAUCUUGUAAAUCGUUCAAGGCGACGCCAUCAACAACAAUUUUAUUGGAUCCGAAUGAAUGGAAAAUUCGAUUCAAGACAGGUCAAAAAAGAGCUAAUGAUGUCUAUAAAGCAUGUUUGCUUUCACUCAAUGACGAAUGGUCCACAGAAGAAGCUCAUCAGUCCAUGUCUAAUAUGUUUGAUCGUCUAUUGAGCAUUUGUUUUUAUCAAGCACGACAAAACAGACAAGAUAAUUCAAUUGCAUAUCUUAGUGAAUACAUUAUUUUAAGUCUUCAACAGAUUGCAAUUGAAAAAAGACUAAUUAUUUAA